CAAAAAAAGGGCCCUUUUGAUAAUUAGUGUUGAAUAAAAAAGACACUCUAAAUUUUUGUUCUCGGCGAAAUCUGAUUCUCAUUUUCAAAAUUUUCGUAAUCGGUUCAGAAAAACCCCUGAUUUCAGCUCGGCGAUUUCUUCCCUCUUCUUCGCUCUCUUGGUUCGUCUUCUCCCGGUGGUUCGUGUCGCGUAUUGAGGCACUGCGGAGGGUUGGCGAUGGAGCACCAGAACGCGGUGAAAGAAGCCCUAAAUGCGUUGUAUCAUCACCCGGACGAUACAGUGCGUGUUCAAGCCGAUCGAUGGCUCCAGAACUUCCAGGGAACUCUCGAUGCCUGGCAGGUUGCGGAUAAUUUACUUCAUGAUUCUUCCAGCAAUUUGGAGACUUUGAUAUUCUGUUCUCAGACCCUUAGAAGCAAGGUUCAGCGGGAUUUUGAAGAACUACCACCAGGGGCUUUUCAAAAGCUACGGGGUUCUUUAACUGCUUUGUUGAAAAAGUUUCACAAAGGCCCUCCAAAAGUUAGGACUCAGAUUAGUAUAGCAGUUGCAGCCUUAGCCAUGCAUGUUCCUGCAGGAGAUUGGGGAGAUGGUGGUAUUGUUUACUGGCUAAGGGAUGAAAUGAAUAUGCAUCCUGAAUAUGUACCUGGUUUCUUGGAACUGUUGACAGUUUUACCUGAGGAGGCUUUUAACUACAAAAUAGCAGCUCGUCCUGAUCGGCGCCGUCAAUUUGAGAAUGAGCUCACUUCUCAAAUGGAGGUCGCACUUAGUAUAUUGACAGCAUGCUUAAAUAUAACGGAACUUAAGGAACAGGUUCUCGAGGCAUUCUCUUCUUGGCUUCGACUUAGGCAUGGGCUUCCUGGAGCUGUGCUUGCGUGUCAUCCAUUGGUGCAUGCAGCUCUCUCAAGUUUGAACUGUGAUCCGCUUUCAGAGGCAUCAGUGAACGUCAUCUCUGAAUUGAUACAUCACACGACAUCUCCGAGCUCUGGUGGCAUUUCUGCACAGACGUCCUUAAUCCAAGUAAUUGUGCCUCAAGUUUUGGGUCUCAAGGCACAUUUGAGAGAUUCUUCUAAGGAUGAAGAAGAUGUCAAAGCCAUUGCUCGAUUGUUCGCUGACAUAGGUGAUUCCUAUGUUGAACUGAUUGCUACUGGCUCAGAUGAAUCGAUGGUUAUUGUCCAUGCCCUAAUAGAAGUUACUUCACACCCGGAAUAUGAUAUAGCUUCAAUGACCUUCAACUUUUGGCAUAGUCUUCAGCUUACUUUGAUGAAGAGGGACUCUUAUAUUUCUUUGGGGAAUGAAGCAUCCAUUGAAGCUGAGAGAAACCGGAGGCUGCAUAUCUUCCGGUCAGCCUAUGAGUCACUUGUAUCUUUGGUUAGCUUCAGAGUUCAAUAUCCUCAAGAUUAUCAAGGCCUUUCAUAUGAGGACCUUAAAGAAUUCAAGCAGACUAGAUAUGCUGUUGCAGAUGUCUUAAUAGAUGCAGCAUCCAUAUUAGGAGGUGAUACAACCCUUAAGAUUCUAUUUAUGAAGCUUCUUGAGGCCAAUGCUCAGUCAGGAAAUGAAUUUAGUGAAUGGCAUCCAGCAGAAGCUAUUUUGUUCUGUAUAUGGGCAAUAUCAAAUUAUGUCUCAGUUGUUGAAGCUGAAGUGAUGCCCCAGGUGAUGGCCUUGCUUCAGACUCUUCCUCAGCAAGCCCAAUUGCUUCAGACAGCAUGCUUACUUGUUGGGGCAUAUUCAAAAUGGCUUAAUGCUGCACCAGCAAGUCUGUCUAUAUUGCCGUCCGUUAUAAGAAUUCUUUUGAGUGGAAUGGGCACAUCCGAAUACUGUGCAGCAGCUGCAGCUUUGGCUUUUAGGCAUAUAUGUGACGAUUGCAGAAAAAAUCUCUGUGGAUAUUUUGAUGGUUUAUUUGAUAUCUACUGUAUGGCAAUAAAUGGCGGAAGUGGUUAUAAGGUCUCUGCAGAGGAUUCGUUACAUCUUGUUGAAGCCCUAAGUAUGGUUGUUACUGAACUUCCUUCAGAUCAGGCCAAGAAUGCUCUAGAGAGGCUAUGCUUGUCGGCUGCAUCUCCUCUAAAGGAAGCGGCAGAAGAAGGUUUGGACAAGAAGCAUGCUCGUGAAUUAACUGUUCAUAUUGAUCGGUUUGCCUACCUCUUCAGGUAUGUAAAUCACCCUGAAGCUGUGGCUGCUGAGAUCAAUAAGCAUUGGGCAAUCUUUAGAGUUAUAUUUGACGUCCGUCCUUGGGACAUGAGAACAAUGGAAUCUCUAUGCAGGGCAUGCAAAUAUGCUGUACGUACUUCUGGAAGAUACAUAAUUAACACGAUCGGGGAAAUGCUUGCAAAAGUUCAGUUCUUGUAUCAACAACAUCAUCAGCCAUGCUUUCUUUAUCUCUCUAGCGAGGUUAUUAAGAUUUUUGGUUCGGACCCAUCUUGUGCCGACUACCUGAAGAGCUUGAUCGAAACCCUCUUUGCUCAUACGACAUGUCUUCUGACGAGUAUCAAGGAGUUCACUGCUAGACCAGACCUAGCUGAUGAUUGUUUCUUGUUGGCGUCGAGGUGCAUUCGCUACUGCCCACAUUUAUUUAUUCAUUCUGCUAUAUUUCCAUCACUUGUGGACUGUUCAAUGGUUGGCAUCACAGUUCAGCACAGAGAAGCCUGCCACUCCAUACUGACCUUUCUGUCCGACAUUUUCGAUCUUGAGAAAUCUGUAAAGGAAGAACAAUACAUCCGAAUCAGGGACAGUGUCGUUAUUCCCCGAGGCCCUACAAUCUCCAGAAUCUUGAUUGCCUCGUUAACGGGAGCACUGCCCAGUUCUCGGCUAGAAACGGUAACAUACACGAUGCUAGCUCUGACAAGGACAUACGGGAUGAAAGCGGUAGGAUGGGCAAAGGAAAGCGUUUGCCGGAUUCCCGGAACGGCGGUGACAGAGGCCGAACAAACUAAGUUCUUGAAGGUGUUAUCCGAUGUAGCGCAUGGGGCAGACCUGAAUGUGAAUUCCGUGCUCGGAAACGUAGAAGAGAUAUCCGACGUGUGCCGUCGGAACAGGACAGUGCAAGAGAUCGUUCAGGCAGCUUUGAAGCCACUUGAACUGAACUUGGUUGAUCCUCUUCUUCCUGUUUCAUAGCAGAAAAAAAAAGCAUUGAACAACAAAAAAAAAGAGAGAGAGAAAGAAACGUAUAGGAAGGGAGGGGCCAAUUUUUGAAGAGGUCUUUGAGGAGAGUGGUAAAAAUAUUAUAUAAAUGUUUUUUUUUAAUGUAUUAAGCUGUUCUUUUGGUGUGUGUGUUUGCUAUUAUUCCAUUUGUUUGCUUAUUUAUUCCGUUUUUUUUUUUUUUGUGAAAGCCUUCUUUUAUUCACAAUGGCUUCUCCUUUGUCUACGGAAGUACACAUACUAAAGUUGAACCCACGGUCGGAUAUUUGAGAGUUUGUAAGUAUUUGAUUCUAAAUUGGGUUUUAGGGUUCAGAGGUUUA